AUGACAUCGAGGACACGCUUGGCGGUCCUGUUCUGGCUAGCCCUGGGCCUGGCCCAAGUGGAAGCUGUCUUCGAGUGUGGGGCCGCUGAAACCGCCGCUUUCAUCAGAAUCAGCCGUGCUCGUUUGGAUGGAACCCCAGUAGUCGUGUCCACAGCUGGUCACGAUCUGACCUGUGCCCAAUAUUGUCGCAACAACAUCGAACCCACCACUGGAGCUCAAAGAGUCUGCGCUUCAUUCAACUUCGACGGUCGAGAGACCUGCUACUUCUUCGAUGAUGCCGCUCAUCCAGCUGGUACCGCCGAACUGAACCCCAACCCAUCGGCCAACAACUUCUACUACGAGAAGACUUGUCUCCCGGGAGUCUCGGCUCAUGAAGCUUGUACCUACAGAUCCUUCUCAUUCGAAAGAAUGCGCAAAACCGCCCUCGAGGGAUUCGUGAAGAAGAGCGUGCAGGUAAGAAACAUUUGAAUAAGGAUCUCCGUUUGACUCCACGAGGAAUCUGAAGUCUCUGCCCUCAAUUCCAAUGAAUUCUUUGAGAUUAUAACUGUUAGUGACCUCAAUAUGAGCACUUUAACAAUGAAUAUCUUUUAAAUAUUUUUUGUUACGGUCUUGAAAGAAAUGAUCGCAAUAAUAAGAUCAGAGAGAUCAUUUUAUCAGUUUAGGAAACCCGUUUAUCCAUUACAAUAAAAAAACAGAAAAAUGGUCAAACCUCAAUUAAAAGUAUAUAUAACAUUAAAAAUAAUGUCACUGAAUAUCUACUUUAAUAUAUCUCAAUUAAUUUACACCUGAACCCCAUAAAAAUGUAACUCUUACCUAAUUUCACCUUUCUAGGUUGCCAAUCGUGAACAAUGUCUCUCAGCUUGUCUCCGCGAGAAGGAGUUCAUCUGCAGAUCAGUCAACUACAACUACGAAGACUACUUGUGCGAACUGUCCACAGAAGACCGCCGUUCCAAGCCCAACCAUCUGAAGAUGAGCGACAAGCCAGUCGACUACUACGACAACAACUGUCUGUCUCGUCAGAACCGUUGUGGCCAGUCUGGAGGCAACCUUGUGUUCGUCAAGACCAAUAACUUCCAGAUCCAAUACUACGACCACACUCAGUCCGUCGAAGCCCAAGAGUCGUAUUGUCUUCAGAAGUGCUUGGACUCGUUGAACACCUUCUGUCGCUCCGUCGAAUUCAGCCCUCAGGAGAAGAACUGCAUCGUGUCUGAUGAAGAUACCUUCUCUCGUGCUGAUCAACAAGGUUCAGUCCAAAGAAAGGACUACUACGAACCCAUCUGUGUGUCAGGUAAGGGGUUUGGACAAGAAUUUGUCUUGAAAAACAUAAUUUCGAAAAAAAUUCCAAAAAUUAUUUUUGAGUCAACUUUCGCUCUUUUGAGACGAGUCUUCCAAAAUAAAUUUCAUAGAUGUUUAUUGGCCAAAAUGGAAUUGCGGUAAAACUUAUAAAGAAUAUUAUUCAAAACCUUAUUAUUUCAGCGGACUUGAGCUCUUCAACAUGCCGUCAACAAGCUGCUUUCGAGAGAUUCAUCGGUGUUUCUAUUGAAGGCACUCCAGUCGCUUCGGCUGCCGGUGUUACAGUAUCCGACUGUAUUUCGUUGUGCUUCCAGAACUUGAACUGCAAGUCCAUCAACUAUGAUCGUACCCAGAUGAACUGUCACAUUUACAGCACCAGCAAGAGCGAGGCCAACACCAAGGCCAACCCCAGCUUCGACUACUACGAGUUCAACUGCGGUAAGAAUUAUUAUAAUUUACAUGACGUUUUUGCAAUCUUAAGAGUUUGUAUGUUAUUUUGAGGUAACUAUUGGCUAAUAUUGCAUUUUCACUUUUUAGAAGCCGCUUUUGGAGGUAUGGCUUUGUGUACCAACGAAGGAAUCAGAUUCAUCGUCAACACGAAGGAACCUUAUACUGGAGCCAUCUACGCCGCCGAGAAGUUCAGCACCUGCUCUCAGGUGGUCGAGAAUGCCAAGCAGAUUGCCAUCACCUUCCCUCCACCAACCGUGUCCACCAACUGUGGCACCAAGAUCGUUGACGGUAAACUGGAAGCCUUGGUUGUUGUAUCCAUCGACGGUGUCAUUCCUCACCAAGUUACCACUGAAUGGGACAGAUUCUACAAGAUCUCUUGCGAUGUCUCCAUGGACAAGAUGCAGCAAGAAGGCAGUGUUGUUGUCACCACCCUCUUCGAGACUGGAGAAGCCAACACUCAGGUCUUGGACGUUGGAACUCCACCUCCAAUCACAGCUCAGCUCACCUUCUUGGAUGCUGCUGAUCAGCCUCUUGGAAAGACCUCCAUCGGCGACCAGAUCCAGAUGAUCAUCACUUCGGAACAAGCCGGACCUCACAACAUGAUGGUCACGGAGUGUGUAGCCACCAGAGUUGGAGGAGAAGGCGACGCUGUGCCAUUCACCAUCAUCGACAACGGAUGUCCAAGAUACCCUGCCCUAGUUGGACCAGUUGAACAAGACUUCACCCACAACAGACUAAAGGCUGACAUGAAGGCCUUCCGUCUGGAUGGUUCGUACGAUGUUCAGAUCCAAUGUCAAGUUAUGUUCUGUGCUGGACCAAAUGGUUGUCCACCAUCGAACUGCUUGGACUCUGGUACCAACGAGUUGUUCAUCUCUCACGGAAGAAAGAAGAGGUCCAUCUUGGCGAUGGAAGAGGCUGAAGCUUCCAAGGAGACCUUGUCGGCCAUCAUCAGGGUUUUGGCCGAAGGAGAAGAUGAACUCGACGGUGACAAGUUCUACAAGAAUGGCACCAUCUUCGCCCAACGGUAAGUUCAAUGUAAUAUUAAUAUAGUUUGACUAGUACAAGUCGUUCUUCUAACUUAUCUUUGUUUAAUAUUGUAGUACCUCUUGCUUUUAUAUAAUCGACUUUGUUUUAGUGCUCCCACCCCCAGCGUAUACGAAGCCAACGAGAUGGUGUGCAUGAACAACACGUGGCUGGUGUCGAUGAUCGCCUCGAUGUCGUUGGUGUGCGUCAUGCUGAGCGGUCUGAUCGUUACCUGGUCGUGUCAGUCGAUGAAGUCGGCCAAGAAGGACCUGCCCAUGUAA